UGAAGGAUUUGCAUUGUGGAGUCGCCCUGUGCAGUGUCUGUCAGACUGAGGGAGGGGGGAAGCUAGUCUCCCCCUUUAAAUCGCGGCUCUUAAAGCGGCGCGAACUUUCCGCCGAGCCCAGUGGCGCUGGGUGGCCGAGAGCGGACAGCCGGUUCCCGUGCAGAGACACUGACAGACAGAGAGGGGUUGGGUUUGGCCGAGUUCUCCGCGGGGAUGCGGCGUAGCGGCGGCGACGGGGCGGACAGUUGCCCCGGCUCACCGUUUUGACACAUGAAGCCGCCCUGCGAAGCCGCUUGCUCCGGUCACUGUCCCUCGGGCCCGCGGCCGGACUCGCCCCCGUGUGCGGAGCUGGGAUCCUGUCACUGAGGCGAGAUGUCACCGUGAACCCGCUCUCUCCAUCCCGCCCUACCACCGUAACUUUUGGUUUUUGGAUGAUCGCAGACUUGGAUUGCAGGCCGUCAUGAUGUUCUCUCCGCUCUGCCUGACCCAGGAUGAAUUUCACCCAUUCAUUGAGGCACUUCUUCCACAUGUCCGAGCGUUUGCCUACACAUGGUUCAACCUGCAAGCUCGGAAGCGAAAGUACUUCAAGAAGCACGAGAAGCGGAUGACAAAGGAUGAAGAAAGAGCAGUGAAAGACGAGCUGCUGAGCGAGAAAGCGGAGGUGAAACAGAAGUGGGCCUCAAGGCUGCUGGCGAAGCUGCGUAAGGACAUUCGUCCGGAGUACCGUGAGGAUUUUGUGCUGACGAUCACAGGGAAGAAGGCUCCCUGUUGUGUGCUCUCCAACCCGGACCAGAAAGGCAAAAUAAGGCGCAUAGAUUGUUUACGACAAGCGGAUAAAGUUUGGAGAUUGGAUCUGGUGAUGGUGAUCCUGUUUAAAGGGAUCCCUUUGGAAAGUACUGAUGGAGAGCGCCUGCUGAAGUCCCAGCAAUGUAGUCACCCAAUGCUGUGUGUGCAGCCCCAUCAUAUAAGUGUUUCAGUUAAGGAACUUGAUUUGUACUUGGCGUACUUUGUCCAAGAAAGAGAAUCGGAACAGAGUGGCAGCCCAAGGCCUGCUAUUGGCUCUGACGCUGAAGAUACCAAGACAGGAACAAUUGAACACACGGAUUUUCAAGAAAGUUUUGUGACUUCAGGUGUCUUCAAUGUAAAUGAGCUUGUGCAAGUAUCAAGAACCCCCAUUGUGACGGGAGCAGGACCGAACUUCUCUCUCGGAGAGUUACAAGGACACUUAGCCUAUGAACUGAACCCACCAAGUACAGGCAUGAGGAGGACUCUGCCUAGCAGCUCAUCAAGUGGGAGUAAGAGGCACAAGUCAGGCUCGAUGGAAGAUGAUAUUGACACUAGCCCAGGUGGAGAAUUCUAUCCCUCACCUACCUCCCCUGCAGGCAGCAGUAGGAACUGGCAAGAGGAAAUGGAAGGAGGUAUCUCCCCUACCGUGAAGAAGACUGAGAUGGACAAAUCUCCAUUUAACAGCCCUUCUCCACAGGACUCCUCUUCACGAUUGAGUAGCUUCACACAGCACCACCGUCCUGUUAUCGCAGUGCACAGCGGUCUUGCGUCGAGAAGUCCCCAUGCCUCUCCAUCUUUGCAUUUUCCAACAACUUCCAUCCUGCCACAGACUGCGUCAGGCUAUUUCCCGCACACAACGAUCCGGUUCCCACCUCAUCUCAAUCCUCAGGACCCUCUCAAGGACUUGGUCUCACUUGCCUGUGACACGUCAAACCAACAACCAGGCCCGCCAGGGAGGGAGGGCGAGAGAGUCACCGACUACUCCGUGACUUCAGUGACAGUGCCUCUUCGUGCUCAGAUGAGAGGACGCAUGCUUCCGGCGGAGAGAGACACCCUGUGUCAGUUGUUCUACUCCCCGGGCCCCGGGGAGUGCUAUCCUCAUGUGAAGCUGAACGGCAGCGGCCAAGUGGUAAGCAAAGUCCCAAGCCACUACAUUUCGACGUCGAUGCUAGCACCCCCUCCCCCUCCAUCCAUGGGCAGAUCGGUGACCCUGGCAAUGCCACCCGACACCAAGACAACCACAACAACCACAGAAGGUGCAGCCGCGUCACCAACCUCCCCCACGUAUACGACACCCGGCACCCCCCCAGCUAACCGAUCCUUUGUGGGAAUAGGACCAAGAGAUCCUGGUAGCCUUUAUCAGCCACAGUCCUGGUAUCUGGGAUAGUCGAAGACCCCUCUCAAGUAUUACCGAAGCUGUGUAAUCGUGUUUCAAGGAACAUGAGUGAGCGUCGACUUUGGUUUCAAGUUUAAAACAGAGAGAAACAAGGGAGAAGGCUACUUAUCAGCUCGUCUUUAAAAGAAGAUGUCAAGUCAGAAACACUAUCAUCCUCCCUACAUGUUCCGAAGAUGGGUGCAAUUCACUUCAUCCGUUGACUGAAGCUUAGCCUAAGGUGUCCCCGUCUCUUUUAUGCAAAAUAAGCCUUUAUAUUUCUUAAAAAUAAUUACAGAACAAAGUUUACUAAAUACGCUUUUGACAGGGUGGGAAAAUUAACCUUCAUCAGCUAAACAUAAUUCAUAACUGCAUUAUGGUUAUCUUUUGACUUUUUUUCCUUUUAAAAGAACAAUUUACAGAAUUGACAGACAGCAUAAGCAUUUAAAAGCCACCUGAACUAGUAAGUUCAAAUUUCUAAGUAAAUUUAUUUUCAAAGUACGAAUAUGUCACCAUAUACAACCCUGAAAUUCAUUUCACAGCAGAACAAAGAAAUACAGUAGAAUCAAUGAAAACCAUACCCAUUCGGGUGCAGAAAUGCACAGAGAAUUGUACCUCUGCAUCGGAGUACCUGAGGACAGGUCUGCUAAAAAACAAUCACAGUUUAAGGUCAAUUCUUCCACUCCUUUUUUUUUACAAAAACCAUUUUGAUUAUAAUUGUUGUGAAUUUUUGUUUUUAAACUAACUUUAUUAUUGUUUUAAUUACCACAAAGAUAUGCACUAAAGAAGCCUACGCAUUGAAGGCCGUGACUUUAAUCUGGCUGAUCCAUAGCUCAACGUCAAGUUAACUUUCUGUGCUUCUGGCCAAACUAAACACGAGAAUUAUUUAUCUACUAUACUACACAAACAAAUGUGUUUAAUACUCCAGUGUAAAAUCAUUCCAUUAAUUUUGGGGUGCCAUGGUAGUGUAGCAGUUAACGUGACAGGGGUCGGAGUUCAGAGUUCAGUCCCAACGUCCUCUGUAUGUCCUCCCCAUAGAAUGCGUGGGUUUUCUCCAAGUGCCCCAGUUUCCUCCCACAGUCCAAAGACGUACCGGGUAGGUUAAUUGAUCAUUGUAAAUUGUUCCGUGAUUAAAUCGAGGGGCAUUGCCAGGCAGUGCAGCCCAAAGGACCGGAAGGGCCUUUUCCGUGCUGAAUCUCUAAAAACACAAACUAACUAAAUUGUUCAAGCUGACACCGUUAAAAAUUGCUUUAAAGAAUUCUGUCAAACCUCGACUGAAUGGCAGAUUAGCCAGAGGUCCGGUUGCCUGGUCUCAAUGUAUCAAGUGGGACAUCAGAGAACAAUUUCUCUUCCACUGCAGUGAAUAAGCUAAUGACAAAAUUAAAUGUAUGCAGUGUUAGAAACAUCUUACAUAGUAAUGAAUGAUUUAACUUACAUGAAACUUUAAACACAUUAUUUUUAUGAUUAUUUGUGAUAAACCACAAUGCAAAAUCAAGUCAGAUAAAUGCUUACGGUUUUCAAUUCCAAUUUUCCCACCCUAAGCCUCAGUUACUUUUUUGCAUGCAACUAAUAUUACAGAUAUAGAAGCUCACCUACCAGAGCAGUAGAUUUACUGGUUUUAGUUUAUUUUUGCUUUUCACUAGCGCAUGGCCUAGUCCAUUAGGUACAUACAUAGGUUUUGGUGAUAGUUUUGGGAGACAUUGGCGGUUGCAUGUAGGGUGUGGAGGAAUUCUGGGAAUUCUUCAUAAGGCCUCACACUACCACACAUCCUUCUCAGUCAUAGGGCCUGGUAAAUUCUUAAACAUACAACGGCUGCAAGCUCAAGAAUAUCAUUAGUAGGUUAUCUUUUGGGAGCAGGGUAAGCAAAUUGUUUCGAGAAUUGAUAUUAGGGGGGGAUUUUUUUUGUUGUUUAAGUUUUAAAUGCCAUGUGUCUUUUCCUCAAUAUACACACUUUUCAGUGAUUACCCAGGAGAACAGGACCAGAUUUCAAAAAUGUUGGAAGUAGUUUCAAAAUCAUACAUUGGGCUGUAGCAUUCGAUCGGUGAUCAACUUUAAAUUGGUGGGGGGAGCUAAAGUGAUUGCCGCAUUUUAAAAGAACAAGUUGAUUGUUUUAACAGAGAAAGUAUAAUCUUUUGUAAAGAUUGAAGAGGCACGUGCAAUUGAAAGGAAACAAAUUUCUAACUUAGUGAUUCUUUUUAACUUGUCCUCGCACCCCAGGACUGUAAAACGGGGCAAAUUGUUGUCGCCAGGCAACCGUGGCACAAAAGUGCAACGAAACACCAUUCCCCUCCCCCACCCCUAAACCCCACAUCCCAAACACCCCCCCACCCACCUUUCAGAGGUGAACACAAAUGCCUUAGUAUGUUACAUGUUAUUUUAUUUUUUUAAGCAGAGGGUAGCCAGCUGCCCUCAUUAAAAAGGAAAGACUAGCACUUGUGCACACGAUAUCAUUUUCAUUAAACUGACACAUAUCGAAAGCAAUAUUUGGCAUAAUUUUCAGUCUUUGUUCACACUGAAAGCUUUUGACGAAAGAAGUCUGCACCUGAACAAAUUUCUAUCCAUGUAUGCUUAGUUUACCGGCUCAGGUACAGCCUUGCCUGAGCUACAUUGCUGGCAUCCAAAACCUCACAGUGUAAGCAGAAAAGUGAGGCAAACUCUAUAGACGUAUUUAUAGUAACAUUUUCUUUUUCAUCAAAGGUGCUGAGUGAUGCAUGGUGCUUUGAUAGUAUACUUUGUGAUCCAGCAACACAAAAAACAAAUCCAGUCAGCUCUAUGCUGAACCCUGAUGUGCAUGGCGACUAUGUGCUGGCCUCACUCUUUUCCCAACAAAAAAUCCUUUCCUAAUUUGCACGGAAUUUUAUACCACAUUAUGUGCCUUGCCUUUGAGAAAAAAUGUUUAAAAAAAACAAAAAAAAAUCCUUGGUAUCACUGCACAAAUUUUUGGCUGCAUGUGUGGUUGCUUGUCAUUAAGAAAAAUACCAUUGGUAAAAAUGUAAGGAUUUAUGAUUUUUGCUUCAUAGGACAUUGUAACGGCACUAAUUAUCAGUAUUCCAGUGAUUCUGUGGAUUUUCAUAUAGAAUAUAUUCACCUUGCAGUCAUGUAGAAACAUUGCUUUUGAACAUUAUCUGUCACUAAUAUUUUAAUGAAAGGAGUUUCCCUUUUAUUUCUCCCUGGUUGUGUCUUCCAGCUCCUACUGGUUUGACUCUUUGGAAAAUAUGCAAUACCAGUCUUGUAGACAUAGAACGUGUAGCUUGUUUUAAUCACUCUGAGUUAGCACACAUAACUACAACAUUUCUAGAUUUUUAAUUUUAAUUUUAUUUUAAUUGACCAAAGUUGGUGCUGCUCUCUAUACAGAAAAAAAGAUAGGUCCUUCUCCUGUGACAGGUAAAGACUAAUCCGUGAUUAAAGAGGAUGAACAUGGGAGGGGAAAAAUCUAUAUUUACAGUGAGGCUGUGAAGCACCAUCAAUGAAAGAAUAUUUUCUUGUGUCCUGGUGGUUCAAAUGAUGAACUCAGAAAAACAAUGACCUUGAUCAGAGAGAUGGGCAAGCUAUUAACAAUUGUAGUAUGUAUAUCAGACCCAACAUUUCGGCCAAGGGUGGGCAAAGUGUUUAAACCCCAUAAUACCUACUGUGGCAUAGGCCACCGACAGCAGCUCACCAGAGUCUUCUAUCCUGGGCCAGUCUUUUAAGUUGUCCCCAGAAGUAGCCCAUCUUUGAAGACCCUUCCUCUCACAGGGAAGAGGUCUUGCUAGUUUCUGUUGGCUUUCCUGUAGCUCCAGGCUUUAGGCUUUUAGGGAUGGGUUUGCUAGCCUCAUGCCCAAUCCUUCUCCAUUCGUAGCCAUGCUUGGGACCGUCCAUGGCGGAGUUCUUAAAAAUUGAUUUAAUUAAUAAUCACUUACAAUCAUAUAUGUUGCUUUAGAAAGGUUAGAUCUCAGCAGUGCAUCAAUCCCUAUUUUAAUCUGAGGAUGAGAUUCUUCAAUGCGACUCUUUUUGAAAAGUUGUUGACCUGCGUUACUUGGUGGCAUAGCUGCUGUUGACCAUCUGUACCUAAAUCUGAUUUGAGCAGGAAACGGUCCCAUCAAUACAUGGGACCAGUUAUCCCACCAGACCUAAGUGCUUCACAGCUUCGACUGUCAACUGUCCUGAGCUUUUAAGGAAAAGCUGCACGUCAGAAUUGGAAAAACCAUGAAUUAAGGUUGUACAUAAAAACUGAAAAAUCGUAACUUAAAGCAAUAGUUGUGGGGUGUCAGUUUGGUAUAGUGGUGUUCAACACAAAAAGCCAUCUGUGCAAGGUGGAAUGAUAAGUGAUACCAAAUCACAUACAGCUCUGCUUUAAGACCCUACUAAUGUCUCGGAGCUUUAAUAAAUUGCAUUUGAUUGACACUUGGUAUGCUAGCCAGGAUGCUGAACAAGGAGGACAAGAACUAGGGCAUCGCCAGUAGGUUCAAUCCUUGUCACAUCUUUGUCUUGGACAUUAGCUGCCUUCCUUGCAGACUGUGUAAUUUGUAAGCUGUAUAGUUUUAUUAAGUAUGUUUUCCUUAAUCUACCCUAUUUUAUAAGGCAAAGACUUUUGUAAUGAGAAAAGUACAAAAAAAGUUUCAUUACACUGGCUUAUUAAGAAAGUUCAGCAUUAUAUAACAUAUGUAGAGUAUUCUUCCUCCAUGGGUACUGGAUAUGAGUUAAACUCACCUGUUACCCUUACUGUAUUUAAAUACAGUAAUUCUCAUUUUUAUGGUUUUGCGUAUUCCUAUACUUUAGAAGUAUAGACUUCUGGUGUAAAAGAGCCAUUGUAAAUGGAAAAAAAAUGCUUUAUUUUAUGAAGAGUAAUUAUGUCAAACUUGUAAGAAACACUUGGAAUUUUGAGAAGGAAUGUCGUCAUUGUAGUCUUUUUGACUGCUUAAAAAAUGUCUGUAGACUUUCAAGUGCUGAACUGAUGAGAGUAGAACAGAUCACCUGUACUCGUAGGGCGAGGGAGCCCAACAAAUUGUUGUAUGCAAUGUACAGUAUUGUUUGUGCGAAGGACGAUGCAAAGCUGGUAGCUAGUUUAUUUUUAAGGCAGGACAGAAAACAUGUUUACGUGUAUUUAAACUUUUGGCAAUGGCUGACCGCAUGCUCCGUGAAAUCCUUGUAUUAGAGAAUUCUCCUCCAUCCAUCAGCUUCAAGCAGGAUAGAAUGCUGCCACAAUCAAACAUGUGACCUUUUUUAUUAUUCCUACAGGGGCUUUGAGUUGGGUGAUGACUUCUGUUGGUGCUUGUAAAGCGAACGCUGUCAAUUGAGAAAGUUCUGGAGGGUCAGGUCUAUGUGCAGACUGACAGUGAUCUUUAAUCCUUUGUAAUGUGUUUCCAUGCUUCUAUGUUUAAUAAUUCCUUCCAGAUUUUUAUUGCCCUUAUAUUGGAGAUUAUUCCUCCUUCAGAAUUCCAGUCAGUUUUCCAAUUUAUUGAGAGCUUGCAUCCAGUCCAAAAUAUGAGUCAGCCCUUCCACUCUUCCAAGCAAAAAAAACCUCCUGAUAACACACACACACACAUAAAAUGCUAGAGGAACUCAGCAGAUCAGCAGCUUCUAUGGAGAGGAAUAAAGAGUUGAUGUUUCAGACCGAGACCCUUUAUCGGGACGUCCUUCAACUUGACUCAACUAUCCUCCUUGCAGACUCCUCAGAAAAUCUAAGCAAUUCAAGUCAGUCAUGGUUUUUCUCCACUCCUCCCUCCCCGCACCUUUCUAUUCUGCCUCCUUCCCCCAUCCUUUCCAGUCCUGGUGAAGGGUGUCAUCCCAAAACAUCGACGCUUUCUUCCUCACCAGAAGUGCUGCCUGACAGAGCGGCAUGGUACCGUAGUGAUUAGCACAACUUUUUACUGUGCAGGUGACACAGUUCCAUUUCCACUGCUGCCUGUAAGGAGAUUGUACGCUCUCCCCGUGACUGCAUGGGUUUCCUCUGGGUGCUCCAGUUUCCUCAGACAGUCCAAAGACGUACCAGUUGAGAGGUUAAUUGGUCACUGUAAGUUGUCCCGUUGUAGGCUUGGAUUAAAUCAGGGGAUUACUGGGCGGUGUGGCUCAAAGGGCCAGAAGGUCCUAUUCCACAGUGUAUCUCGAUAAUAAAAUUUAAAGCAAAGUAAAACCUGCUGAAUUCCUCCAGCAUUUUAUGUGUGUUUCUCUGGAUUUCCAGUAUCUGCAGAACCCCUUGUGUUUAAAUCUCUUGAAACCUCCAGUUUCCAAAUCACGUUUGAAAGUUUUGUUCGAAGAUAUCUCAGCCCUGUUACUUGCUCUACUUUUCCUCUAAAAAAGUGUUUUAAAAUCAGAAUGAGUAUUGCUGUUCAAAACCUAUUCUUAAUUUCAAAGAGACUUUAUUCAUACAUUUCCAAUCAUCUUUUUAUAAUCCCUGUUCUUCUCCAGUGAACCUGAGUGUCUUGUAAACCUCGAACAAGAUGAUGGAGGAAUUCAGAGGGUUAGCAUUUCAAGUCAAGACUUUUUAUCCAGAGCGGAUGGACCCCAAAUGAAGGGUCUUAACCCAAAAUGUCGACUGUCCAUUUCCUUCCACAGAUGCUGCCUGAUCCGCUAAGUUCUUCCACCAUUUUGUUUGUUGCUUCAGACUCCACCAUCUGCAGUUUUUUUGUAUCUCCAUGUACAAUUACAGUCCAAACUACUUUCUUUGCUUUGACCGCAAAAGUGGAGCAUCAAUUGUAAUGAAUCCUUUCCUCCAGAACGUUGUCUUACAAAUCUGGAAGGUGUCAAUAACUUUGGAGACCACCGUCUGUUAGACCUGUUUGAUCAAAGAGCAUUGUUUUAAUAUUCUUUCUAGUUGGUUCUAACCACUUUCAGUUGAACUCCUGCCCAUUCAAGGCUCUCAGGGAUGCAGUGACUGGCUGCCCUCACCUCUACUCAUCAGCUCCUCUCUCAGUCUGCAUAGUAAAGACCCGAACUACAAAGAUGGCACAUGCUUUGUGCCAUGGCAGCCAUCCAGAAACUAGCAAAACUCAUUUCCCUCUUCAAACCCUGAAUAAAUUUGCACUGUUCCACAUCUUUCACCCUUUCCGUUUCUGCAAUAACUCAAGACAGGGAGUGGAACGGAACAAGCUGCCAUUUACAUUGUCGGUAGUCACCACAUUAGUCAAAUCAACACCAUUCGUAGGCCUACGCCACACAGAUUUUUUUCUCUCAAAGGUUUUAUCUAACCCCCUGCAAAAUGUGCUAGUUGUUUCAGUUAGCCUGAAGGGAAUAUGCAAAAUUCCAUCACAAUCUCCACCUCUUUAUGAUCUCUUGUGCACCUCCUUUGCAGCGAAGCGCGAUGACACACAUUCAACGGCCAGAUUACAUUUUGUAGAAGGCAGUAGAUAUACUGGUAUUGUUCUUUCACAUACACAUCUAAGCAUCUGUAACUAGAUCUCUGGAAGUCUCAUUGAAAGACAGGAAACAUCGGACUGAUGAGGUGACUCAAAACCACCUGUCAAUUGUAGAGGCAUUUUAUUCAGACUGUGCAAAAAAAAACUCUAAAUUCUCAAGGAAGUUUGUGAAGGGUUUUGUCACCUUGCUGGGUGUAAAAUGCAUUUUUUUCAAUCUGGUUUGGCAAACUCAGUUUUCCAUCUUUGACAAUCAGGUUUAGAGAGCAGUUAAUUCCUCAACCUUUUUUACAUGGACGGUGAGCAGUGGUCGGGGUCUGUCUGUUGGGAGAGUCGACAUGGGGCUGGGUCCAGCAUUAACUGGACUCGUCACACUAGAUUCAUUUCCUCCUAAAAUUACCUCAUGUUAGUCGAUUCCUGUCCACAUCAUUAUCCGCCCUAAGACAUUUCCAAAAAAAAAUGUUCUAUCCAUUUACUUUCUCCCAUGGACCUCACGAAUCAGUCACAAACUUUUGAUUACAUUUUGGUUGCUAAAAUAAUGAAAUCAUUUUACAGUUUCACUUAAAUAUUCCACAUUGAAUAAUGAAAGAAUUGAAAAUCAAAUAUUCUGCAUCCAUUCUUGUACCUAAUUCCUAUUAUUGAAGAUGCAUCAUUAUGAUAACUAUUUUGCAUUUAAUAAUAAUUUCAUUACUUAUUCAACAUUGCGAGGUUUACUAUUGUCAGAGUGAUAAUUCAGUCAGCAAAGUGGUCGAAUUAUUCUCUGCAAUUCUGUCCUAUCACAAUGAACCCAGUACAUAACCUCUAUUAACUGUAAAUCAAAAGCAAUAUAAGACCAUAAGACAGAGGAGCAGAAUUAAGCCACUCAACACAUCGAGUCUGCUCCACUAUUCUAUCAUGGCUGAUUAAUUAAUCCACUCAAGCUCAUUCUCCUGCCUUCUCCUUGUAACCUCUGACACACCAAUGACUCGGCCUCCACACCUGUCUGCGCAAUGAAUUUACCAUCUGGCUAAAGAAAUUCCUCCUUAUCUCUGUUCUAAAUGGAUGUCCCUCUCUUCAGAGGCUGUGCCCUCUGGUCCUAGACCCGCCCACUUUAGGUAACACUCUCUCUACAUCCAUUCUAUCUGGGCCUUUCAGUAUUCAAUAGUUUUCAUGAGAUCCCCUCUCAUUCGUUUAAACCCCAGCAAGUACAGGCCUGGAGUUAUCAAACGCUCCACGUACAUUAACUCUUUCAUUUCUGGAAUAAGUUUAUUUAGACUGUUAAAACCCAACUUUAUUUGGAUCCACCCACGGAUAAAGCCUUAAUUCAGCUACAGUACCCGAACCCAGCGGCUCCAUGUAAACAAGGUUAUAUUCAGCAUGCUUUGUUCAAACUACAGCGAACUUUAUAAAAUAACAGGAAAAUAGGCAAAAGAUCCAGCAAGGCAGCUCAUUUUCCUACCACACGUGGUUCUGUAGGGAGUGAUUUGCUGAUCAGCAUAACAACAGCAGAACUACUGGGGUGGCCAUGUUGACAUACUUGUAUAGAGGGCAAUGGUCAGCGGAGCUCUACAAUUAUUUAUAACCAUUUUACCAAGCCAGCGGGAAAAAAAGAGUACCAAAAAACAUUUUUAAUAAAUGCAGUGCCUGAUAAUCGACUGCUGGAUUCAAUUUUGCUUUGCAAAGCCUGACUUUAUCAGUCCUUUUUUUUUAAAAUUCGUCAUCACACAGUCUCUAUUGCAAAUGUCCUUGGAACGUCACUGUCGUGAGUCCAUGUGCGUUACUUUCCGGGAAGAGAUCAUUUCUCUGAGAACAUGCUGAGACCAUGUUAUUUCUGAGGGUUUUUCAUUAUAUUUUAGAGUAUUACAGUAGUUAAUCAAUAAACGCUUGCUUACUGCACAGACAUAAACACACUACACACCAGAUCAAACGUGUGGUUCUUUGGUUGCUCGAUGCAAAGUUCUGACAAAGUAUAUCUUCUUCACCACAGUACACUGAUUGCAGCAACACAAAAGACAAGCUUUUUGUUUUGAUUGUAUUUGUCUACUAAUCCUUAGCUAAGUAUGUAAAGGGACAAAGUGAAAGAGCAGUGCUGUUGCUGCUCACGUGCACAGAUGUACAGAAUACCUGCAACUAAACCUCCACUCGUUUCAAACUGGUGUGAACUCAGCUUCAAAUUUGAUUAUAACCAUUGUAUUUUGCCAUUGCUGUUCGCAGCUGCUCAUACUACAUACAGUUACUGGAAGUGAAUAUGUUUCCCUAUGCAAAAAAAAAUUUAAAAAAAAUAAACAAGCUAUGCUAUA